AGGAAUGCAGAUGAGAAUUGCUCAUGAGCUUGCUAAUGAACUGAUAUUCAAAGUGGAACUUCUUUUUAACAUUCCUUCCGGAAGUCUUUUUUCUUUUUCCUACUCAGCAGGGGAGUGAUCUGCGCAUAUAUGUGGGCAUUAAUCAUUUUGAUAAUGUGUGCAACAAGAAUAUGUUUCUAAUACUUUGUAGUUGUUGGAGCAUGAAGAUAAAUUGCUCCCCUCUCCCACUGAUUAUUGUUGUUUUGACAUGAGUCAGUGAUCUUUUAAUGAGGAAAAACAUGUCGGUUGUGAGAAAUGCAGAAUCUGAAUCAAGUACUACAGUCAACACUGAGAUUUCCAAUGAUGGCCUUAUUUGCUGCCAAAGCAGUGUUUUAAUGUGGGGUUUGCCAAUAGUCUGGAAUAUUAGAAGUUUGGCUUAGUAAGCCAUUUAAAAUCAGGAAACUUUAUUAUGUAUUUUCAUUUUAACUUUCAACUCUUUGUUUCAAGAGCUAGCAACCUCACUUUCAUUGGACCAUGUGAGUGAUGUGAGUUUCAUUUUGCGUUUAAAAAUCCAGAUAUUCUUAGAAAAGCUAUGUUUAUCAUAGUGAAGUAUGAUUAGGGGCGUAAAAAAAUGAAGAUGCCUUUUGUCUAGGUGUAGAAUAAGAACCUUUUUAUUCCAGUUGAGACUGGAAAUGUUUCCUCCUAAAUGCCAUCACGGGAAGCUUUCCCCCCUGUUCAGUUCUGUGUAGUUCCUUUUCUAAACUAGGAUUGUAGUGAAAUCUGAAGGGAGUGUGUUAGGAGCCUGAAAUGUCAAUGGGUGAAGCUGGUGGAAGAAUGAACGAGGAGGUCAGGGAGAGAAACCCCUUUGUUCCCUUGAGUUUCCAGCUUGAAAGUGAUGGGACUUAUGAUAGAUUGAUUAUGUUUUUAUGUGGCUGUUUGAUAGUUUAGAUCACAGAAUUAUGAAAUAACUCAGGUUAGAAGGGACCUCUGGAGAUCAUGAUGUCCAACCUCCUGCUUAAGGCAGGGUUAGUGAUGAGAUCAGAUCAGGUUACUCAAGUUUUUGCAGUUGGAUGUUGAAAGUGUCCAACUGCAGAACUUCUCUUGGGUGUCUGCUCCAUUACCUGACUGUUCUAAUAGUGAAAAAAUGUUUCCUUUUAUUCAAUCUGAACCUCUCGUUUUAAAUCAUGCCCUUUGGUCUGCUGCUGCAGACCACUGCAAAGAGCCUGGCUUCAUCAUCUCAAUAACUUUUUUGUGGCUGUUGAAAGGCAGUGAUGAGGUCCAGCCACUGCCUCCUCUAGGCUGAACAAGCCUGGGUCUCUCCUUGUAGGACAAGUGCUCCAACCCACUGACUAUCAUGGUGGCCCUCCACUGAACUUGCUCCACUUUGUCAAUGUCUUUCUUGUACGUAGGUCCUAAAACUGUGUGCAAUGUUCUAGAUACAGUCCCAUGAGUACUGCGUAGAGGGGGGUAAUUACUUCUUGUUAAGAUGCAAACAGCUGAGCUACAGGUUAAAGCAUGCUAUAGGAAAAUCUAAAGCCUGGCUUCGUAAGGUUUUUCUGUUGCCAGAAUCCCUACUGAAAGGGCAAAUCUUGAAGCGUACCUGACAGUGGUAAAACCCAUGCAUUUUGGAAUCAAGAAUGGAGCAGUUCUUAACACUCUGUUGCUAGCACCACUGCAGUCUCUACUAUUGAAUUUUAAGCUGCAUCUGCUUAUGGGCUUUUAUAUGAUUUAUCGUGGUAAGUAGAAACCUUAAUCACACAGUACUGGCUUGAAAUAAUGGCGUAACUAGAAAAGUAAACCGUAUGCCUUGCUAUUUCUGGAAAUGAAUGGACAAGUUUUGAUUUCUGAAGUUGAAAAUACAAGGUUUAUUUUCAUUGCUGUUUUGUGUGAAUGAGCUGAGUGAUGCAUUUCCAGUCAUGUUUCUAAUGUAUAAGAAUUGCCAGUUUCCUAGAUUACUUUUGAAAAAGAAACAAAAAAAUGUUGCUGUGUCAGGCUUUAAGUGCAUCCUGUUUACAGGAGGAUUGCCUCUAGUGCCUUUUCAGCAUUUUUUUUUCCAUGAUAGAAAUAACUUGUGCUCGCUUUUAUAACAAUGAAACCAAAAAAGCUCAAGAGCUUUAGAAAUAAAGCGAGCAGUGCUGUACCUGGCUCUGUGCAGCUCUUGAUGAAUCUGGCAAAACCUAUAGCCUCUCCUUUCUUCCUUCCUGCUUGCCUUUAACUAGACCAUAGGAAUUUAAGUGAAUAUAGUAGUUAUGGGAAGAAAAAAAGAUAUUAUUAAAGAAUACUCAUUUUUAAAAUGGCCAAAUAAGAUAAAGUACUGAAAUUGGAUGCAUCCUGUAUAAACUUUCUGGGUGUCAUGACUGUUCUGUUUGUGGAACGGGCUGUAUUUAUACCUGCAAGAGCAGAUAGUGAGCAAGCCUUUAGCACCCUGCCAAAAACCAAGUUCUUGUUCUAACGGCAUUUUAAGUCUUGAGAAACUGGCAGUUGUUUGGGGCUUGGCUUUCAUCUGAAACUUUGAUCUGGCUUCCUGGGAUUGAAGAAAGAACAUGUUAUGGAGGAACUUGGGCUGCAUCUUAAAUUCAGGCUUGUCUUAAAAGAACUUGUUCUUAAAAUAAAUUUGUUGGGUGUACCCUGAAGCUCACAAAAGUUAUAUACAAAAAAAUCAUAAUCAUGUAAUUUACGUUGAUAUUAAGUUCAGAGCACUGUACAUAAAAAAAUGAUAAUGAAAAAUAGACAAAACACCACUGCCUUCUGAUCUUGCUCCAGAAAGCAAGUGACUCUUGAAGUACCCAAUGGGGCUAGGCCUGUUGGUUUCAGACUUGCUGCUAAACCGUGCCUUUUCAGCUAAAAUUCGGAGAGCAUUUUUAGAUUUUUAGCCUGUUAUAAAAAUGAUUUUUGUGUGAUUUGUCUCUUCAGUCUAGUUUUUAUGCUUUUCUGAGCCAUAAGUAUGAUAUUUGUUCUUCGCUCCUGCUCUUCAGUCUGCUGAAGUCUUCAGACGACUUCAGUCUGCUGCUAGUGUGAAACAGCAAGAGAGCGUUGCAUGGUGGUGUCUCCUUUUCACAUCAUAUGAAGAUGAAGAAGCUGCAGAGGAAUUCAAAAUUUCCAGCUUUGUAGACAUGGUUCGAGAUUGCAGUCGCAUUGGUAUUCCAUACAGCUGCCAAGGUCAUCUACAGAUAUUUGAUAUGUUUGUUGUUGAAAAGUGGCCAAUAGUGCAGGCUUUUGCCCUGGAAGGAAUUGGGGGUGAUGGAUUCUUUACGAUGAAAUAUGAAUUAAUGGAUGUCAGUGUUGAUUUGUGGAAGACGUACAGUAAAAUGGAUCCUGUUUCCUUGGAGGACUUGCUCUUUGAGGAUUUAAUGAUUUUUGAACACCAGUGGACCAACUUUUUUGCUAAUUUUGGUACUGAAAUUCCCUUCAUUCUGGAACUGUCAGAAUCUCAGGCGGGGGAGCCUUUCAGAAGUUACUUCAGUCACGGAAUGAUCUCAAGCCAUAUAACAGAUAACAGUCCUAGCCGGCAGCCCUUUGUUCUGUUUGGUAGCCACUCAACUAAGGAAAACUUGAACUCUGGUAACUUUAAUUUUCCAUCAGAAGGACAUCUUGUUCGAAACACCGGCCUUGGUGGAAGCACUGCUAAGCAUAUGGUAGUGCAGUGUGUAUCUCCAAAGGGACCUCUGGCUUGUUCAAGGACCUAUUUUUUUGGAACCACUCACACUCCAUUCCUGGGAAAUGACAAUGAGAUGCACAAGCAAGCUGAACAAGUUACGCUGUUGUCGCAAAUAUAUACUGCUGUUGUAGAGGCUGUGCUUGCUGGCAUUGAGUGCUAUGCUAAAACUUCCACUGAAUCCAAGGCAAAGGAGGUAGCAGAGCAGAUGCUCAUGUCUGUGUUAGAUAGUCUUCAUUUAACGCAACUUAAAACUGCAUUAUGCUCCAAAAUCGCUUUUCAAAUUCAGGCUGUGAAUAAUCAUGGAAGAAUUACUCCAUUAGAUAAUGAGGAUGGCCUGAGUUUGAUUAAAACGGCGUCUAUGAUGGUAUUUGACAUUCCAGACUCGCUCACAGGAAGAGGAUGCUUGGGAUCUGUUGUCUUUUCAGAGUCUUUUCUAACGUCACAGAUACAAGUAAAAGAAAAAGAUGGCAGCAUUAAGUCGGAAACCAGCCACAUAAUACUGACUGCAGCUAUCCCAAGAUACGCUUCUUGGCUGGUUGAAGACAGUGAUGUGAAACUGUCUGAAAAGGCACAGCAUGUAUUGAAGGAAGACAAAUCUUUUCUGGGCACUUUACUCACUGGAGGUGAUGGAGCAUAUAUUUAUUCUAGCAAUCCACAAACCAUGCCUGCAGAAGGCAAAUUGUACUUCUUUUCAGAUGGCAUUCUCUUUUCUGAUCCCCACCAUGGCAGCAUUUCCAUUUCAAAGAACCAUAUGAGUUCCAUUUCUCUCUAUGAUGGGGAUUCAACCAGUGUUGUUGCAGCUCUCUUCAUAGAUAUCAAAAGUUCCUUUCUUGCUCAUCUACCAAUUGAAUUCCAUACCCGGAACAACUUUUUGAUGAUUGCACUUUUCCCCAAAACAAAGAUUUAUAAAGCUUUUUAUUCACAGGUUUUUUCUUCAUGGCAAAACCAGACAAACUCAGGAUUAUCUUUAAGGGUUGUCCAGGAAGAAUUCCUGUCUGUGGAGCAAAAGAGACUGCAUUCCAGUGUUCAGAAGCUAUUUAACGCCUUGUCUUUUCCUUCUGGGGAAAGAUGCAGGGAGCUGAAAAUAUCUGCUGCUCUUCCAGAAUUAGAGAGGUUUGUGCAACACUUUACAGUCAGCAGCGUCAGUCACGAGCCAAUAAUGAGAGCACAUCUUCCUGUUUUAUUGCAACAGUCAGAAAUCAUUCCUGACAGCAAAGCAGAAAGCGAUAAGGUGGUUAUCACCAUUAUAACUGGUCUUCCAGGAUGUCGUUGCAGCGAUCUGUGCGCUUUUCUUGUAACUUUUAACAAGGAGCAUGGAAGGUGGAUAGUUUAUCGGCAAACUAUGGAUAGUCCUGAAUGUUUCAGUGCAACCCACUUCCAGCGUUACCUCUCCAGUGUCGUGGAGGCUCAACAAAACCACAGUGUCCGUCAGUCCACUUACGCUAAGAAGAACAAGCGUCUCUUAGUGGUCUUGCAAGGAUAUACUGAUGUUAUUGAUGUUGUACAGGCUCUGCAAACUCAUCCUGACCCAGAUGUGAAGUCGUCUUUCAUCAUUGGAGCAGUUAAUACUUGUGUUGAGCCACUGAGUUGCUAUAUGGAACAUAGGCUUCUUUUUCCCAAGUUCUUGGACCAGUGUUCACAAGGACUAGUGAGUAACGUAGUUUUCACAAGCCAUGCUACGGAGCAGAAGCAUCCGCUCCUUAGGCAGCUGCAGAGCCUUAUCCGAGCGGCAAAUCCUGCUGUUUCAUUCAUCUUGGCAGAAAAUGGAGUUGUGACUAGGAAUGAGGAUAUUGAAUUAAUUCUCUCAGAAAGCAGUUUUUCAAAUCCGCAGAUGAUGAGAGCUCGAUAUUUAAUGUAUCCUGGCUGGUAUGAAGGUAAAUAUGGAGCUGGGUCUGUCUUCCCUCCAAUGGUUCAGAUCUGUGUAUGGUUUAAUCGUCCUCUAGAAAAAAUGCGAUUUGUGACCAAAUGUAAAGCGAUUAAGUCAUUGCUCAAGCCAAGUCCUUUUUCUGGAAACAUUUAUCACAUCAUGGGCAAAGUUAAGUUUUCAGAUUCUGAUAAAAUGAUUGAAGUCUGUCACAACACAUCAUCUAAUUCACUAAGCCUUGUGCCUGUUCAGGAGGGGCCAACUCCUCCUGAUUCAAGAAGCGAUAGCAGAGAUUGCAGCAGUCAACAGGAGUGCUUCCUUGUGUUCAUUGGCUGCUCCCUUAAGGAAGAGGAUAUAAAAGACUGGCUCAGAGAAACAGCAAAACAGAAACCUCAGAGGAAAGCCCUGAAAACCAGAGGAAUGCUAACCCUUCAGGAAAUAAAAAACAUUCACGUGAAACGCCACUUGGAUCCACUUCCAGCUGGUUAUUUUUACAACGGGACUCAAUUUGUGAAUUUUUUUGGUGACAAAAUGGAUUACCAUCCAUUAAUGGACCAAUUCAUGAACGAUUACUUGGAAGAAGCCAACAGGGAAAUAGAGAAAUACAACAGAGAACUAGAAGAACAAGAGUAUCAUGAUCUCUUUGAGCAGAAGACAUAAGCACGUGCGUUCUGUGCAUUUCUGAACCCCACCUACUGUCAGUAACCAAAAAUGCUGUUGUCCUUGCUGGUUAACUAGAAAAUUAAGUGAAAUGUCAGUUUUCAGAACUCUUUUUAAAACUAAGAGAUCAUUCCUGUAAGGUUGGCAUUUUAAUAGGGUAACUGCUUAGCUGUUUGUACUGUCAGGUUUGCUUCCACUUCACCUUAAUUCCAGACUGUAAAAAGCAUCACCUGGAAUCUCUGACUAGUAGUGGAAACUUAUUUAAAAGAAGAAAAGAAGCAAAACUAUAUUUCUUAGCAGGUCAGAAUGUGAUCAUGGAAUUGGUCCAUUGUGCAGAUAAUCAAACCACUUUAAUCUCUGGAUGUCCCUUGAAACUUGUUGCACAGGAGCAUUGAUGAGCAGUGAUAUACUUCAGUAUGUGGGAUUGGGGGACGUUCCUAAAGCGAGAAAUGGGGGAACGUUUCAAAAACUCGGAAGAGUACCUAAUCCCACAGCUGUUGGGGUGUUCCCAAAGCGAGAAAUGGGGGAACACCUGAAAAACUCGGAAGAGUACCUGGUCCCACAGCUGUUGGGGUGUUCCCAAAGCGAGAAAUGGGGGAACACCUGAAAAACUCGGAAGAGUACCUGGUCCCACAGCUGUUGGGGUGUUCCCAAAGCGAGAAAUGGGGGAACACCUGAAAAACUCGGAAGAGUACCUGGUCCCACAGCUGUUGGGGUGUUCCCAAAGCGAGAAAUGGGGGAACACCUGAAAAACUCGGAAGAGUACCUGGUCCCACAGCUGUUGGGGUGUUCCCAAAGCGAGAAAUGGGGGAAUAUUUCAAAAAACUCAGAAGAGUACCUAGUCCCACAGCUGUUGGGGUGUUCCCAAAGCGAGAAAUGGGGGAACACUUAGGCAUCUACUUUUUUUCUGAGGGGACAGCAUAUCUCAUAACCUCUGCACAGUUUGAAUCUGCAGUUGAAAUUUUGACUUUUCUAUAGAAAAGACGUUUAUACAUUUCAGGGUGAAACGAGAUAAGUGGAGAUGUCUUGCUUUCUUCCCAGUGUUGUUAUUGGUAUUCUAGAAAAUAUGACAUGAAUGGCAGGUAAUCUGCAACUUGCUGUUGCUUAAAAGAUUAUCUCUGAAGGAUUCUUAUUUCAGUACUAAAAGAGAAGAGGGAGAUUCUUUAGCUAAAGAAUUCCUUUUCAUGAAAAUUACUUAUUUCCAAAGGUAAAAAAUAUCAAAAGAUAUACUUGAAAUAUGAAAGAACUUGUUUGUGAAGCUUUCAGAAGAAUUUGCACGCUGUAACGUUUCACUAAACUGAUACACCAGGUGUUAAGUAUUUGCAACAAAACCUUCACAGUUACAUGAUAGGAAUUCUGGCAAGUUGUUCUUUAACUUAAUUUAGUACAAUUUUAAGUGAAACUUCAUAGAUCCCUGACUGAAGGAUUAGAAGGUACCCUAGCAGCUACUUAAACGUAAUUAUUGAAGCUUAUUUACAUAAGCGGAUUAUUGUAGCAUGCUGUGUGUUCAGAAUUUAGUCAAGUGAAAACAGUCCAGGAGGAAUUUUUCAUUUCCAUAUUCCUUUGCCUUAGGAACAGCUCAGUCUUCUAAUACAUCUGCAAUGUUGCUUUUUGGUCAGAUGUAGGUAAUGCAGUAAGAAAUUGAAUGAAUAAUUUCUUACAGUACACUUAAAAUACUUGCAGCAUGUCUCUUUCUGUGGCAGGGAAAUGAGAUUUAACUCCUGCCGUCAAACCUAAGGCUACAUAUAGUUUUAUGCCUUACUUAAGAAAUAUAUUUUUUACCUUUGGAAUCUGAAAUAGCUGAAACUUCAAUAAGCUGGUCCAAAACUGAAACACCUUUUAGGUAGACUUUCAGUACACGUUGCUACUAGCUGGCUCGGUGCCUGUGCCGUGGUGAUUAUACAGCGCAGAGGUGGAAUUCCAGGUGCUGCAGAUUGGGAUAUAGGUGUUGAUAAGGUUUCGUUACUAGCUUUCCUACUAGAUUUAAAAAGCUCUCUGAAUUUUAAUUUUUUUUUUCUUUUUUGCACACCACGAGACUUUAUAAACGACUUGUAUCCUGUUAAAGUACAAUAAAAGCCAGCGAUUAGUUUGUGUUUCUAGGCUUUCUGGGGUAACCCGUGUUACAGGUAUAGAGCAUCAUGAUAAGGCUCGUGAGUUUAUCUAUGCAUGGCUAUACUUUAGUCUUAAUAUACUGUAGUGCCUGGUAGAGUAAACGUAGCUAGCAGUGCGUUUGGGGGGCUAGCGGGUGUUUACAAACUAAGUACAGUUGGUUGCAUGAAACUAUUUAUCAGACCAGAAUUAUUAGAGUACAAAAUUCUGGUUGUAACACUGCAAUAAAAAGGGGCAUUAGAAAAUUCUUAACAAAUUAUAGUUCUUUGCCAAUAAACUUAGUGUAAACCCGGUGUGCUCCUUUUCAGUACGAGUUAUCUAAUCUGCAAAGCCAUAUUUCUAGAUUAGUGGUAUGACUGCGUACUGUCAGAAGAAAUACCAAUGCCUGAGACGACAGGCGCGUCGUUGAUGCUUUGUCUCAACUUGUAAGUCAAUAACAGUAGGUUUAAGUGCAAUUGAUGGAAGGAUAGAUGAAGAUACUAUAGCUUAUUUUGCUCUGCUGAACUCUUUUUAAGAACUCCAAUUUGUGCAGCUCUCGAAAACAAAUGUCGACGGGGUUAAUUCAUCUGGGGUUGGCGUAGCGAGUUGUAAUUACAAGUGAGAUGCCCUGUGAAUGAAAAGGAAAUAAGUAUUGAAAAUUGGCAUGCUACGGUGCAAAUUGAGCUGUUCCUUAAAAACUGAAGCAGAAGAGCUCAGAACAAAGGCCUAGUAUACUUAUAUACUGUACUGCAUGCUAUAUGGUAAUAGCUGUGUAUUAUGAAGACCUUUCACCAUACUGGUACUAUUUCAAUUAAUAUUUUUUGGUAUUGAAAUAAUUUGAUUACCUCAAUUUAUUACUUUUUUUUAAUCUUUAACUGUGACUUUAAAACAGAAAAAAAUACCGAAAUAGUGAAACUGUGACAAUAGUAUCCUUUAAACGUAGUAGUGCCUUGCAGAUGACACCAUUUAUUCAUGAAGCAUAAAAUAAAUGGAUGUCGUGGGUUGUAUUGCUUGCACCCUCUUUUUUUUUAAAGGAAAAACGGUUUUGGUGAAAGGACUUAAAAUUAACCUAGUGAAGAAUAUUAGCACAAAUGGUUAAACUGUUUAAAAGAAAACUCUUUGAGGACUAAAAUGUGUAAAUGCCUGAUGCUGCUGAUAGUUUCAUAGCAGUUGCUGAUUAUUUUGGAGUUACUUCUAACAAUCAGCAGCACUUUUUUUUUAGGAGAAGAGCGUUAACUUUUGUACUCUGGUCAGAGAUGUUUAUACUGUAUCAAACCCCAUCCGUAGCGCAAUCUGGUUUCCUCACUCUUUUGAAGUCGAGGUGAGGAUUGAGAUGCUUCUAAGGAUCUAGUUUUGAAAAUUUUUUUAGCUACUGUAAAAUUAAAAAAAAAAAAAGCACCAUUUCUAAACCACCAAUGUUUGGAUACAGAAAAAGUGCCAUUACACUGUUCCUUUAUCUUUUCCUGUAUUUUAAAAAAUUGGUAACAGUGACUUUGUGUCCAGGCAUUUCUGAUAUCGUGAAGUGCUGAGAGUCCUCAAGGGGUUUACGUGCUUUGCUGACCUUCAUGUUAGCAGCUUGUGGUGGUGGUUUUUUUUUUUUUUCCCUCACCGAGAAUGAGUGUGAUCAGAAGUUACUGAAGUUAUAGGGAGAAAAAUGUGAUAAACUUAGGAGAGGAACGUUUGCAACUUGAACUGCGCUGCAAUCUCGGAGUAUUUUAUAUUAAGCUGUGCAAUUUGGUAUUAGUCCACUUCUACACUUUGCAAUUAACAAAACUGAUUGCAGGGAGGAUUUAAGUUGCAUGUAAGAGUUCCCUAAUAAGUGGUUUUUAUGAUUAUUUUUUAAUUGAAACUUCUUCUGAAUUUGCACAGAUUUAAGCUCUGGAAUACUUUGGUAUUCUUAAAAGGGAAAAAUUGUAACUAGUAUAGUGAAUUGUGAACUGUGAGUUGUUAGAACCACGUUGUUGAUCUAAUUUUAGAUUGUUUAAAAUGUACCUCAGAAAGCUAGUGAGAAAUCGCUUCGUUUUUACACAACGGUCAGAUACUAAUGUAACACUUCUCACUUUACAAUGUGCCAAAAUUCACUUUUAUACUAGUUCUCAAUGCUUUAAUAUUUGCAACUUUAAGUUAAAAACUUGUAUUUACAAACACUACUGUAACUUCAGUUAAACUGAAUUGUGUGAUUGAAGCUUUUUGCCUAUUGUAUUUAUUACACAACUUGAUUCAGUAAAUAUAAAAUUACCUUUCCAUUUAUUUUUGUAUUGUUUUACAUGUUUAUACCUGCAGUUUGUGUGACUUUUACACCUGUAACUCAGAUGCGACGGAAAGAACCAAUAAACAGUAUCCAUCUGUU